AUGAGAACUGCUGAAGACUCCUCUGGAACGGUCCUGCACCGUCUCAUCCAGGAGCAGCUGCGCUACGGUAACCUGACGGACACUCGCACGCUGCUGGCCAUCCAGCAGCAGGCCCUGCGCGGAGGCAGCAGCGGCGGGGGCACAGGCAGUCCCCGCUCCUCUCUGGAGAGCCUCACUCAGGAGGAGACCCAGUACAUCCAGAUGUCAACGCGGCAGGAGCCUCAGGGCCAGGAGCACCAGGGGGACUGUCUGCGCUCUGAGAGCCCCAUGUGCCACCUCUACCAGCUCCAUGGUGAGGAGCUGCCCACUUAUGAGGAGGCCAAGGCCCACUCCCAGUACCUGAUCUCUCAGAAGGGGCAGGCAGAGCAAGGGGCCCCCGGCAUGGACGUGAUGGGGAGUCGCAGCGAGGGACAGUGGGAUCUUAAGAGGGAGCAUGCUCGCUCCCUCAGUGAGAGGCUCAUGCAGCUUUCUCUGGAGAGAAACGGACGCAGAGACAGUCUGGCUACGAGCUUUUCACACAGCUAUCCACAGCUGUAUAAUAAUAAUGUGACAAAUGCUGUGGCGCCCGACAGGCAGGGGGCUCAGCAGUGUGUCAACCAGCGCGGGCCACCACCGGACUAUCCUUUCUGUGCCAGACUUCCUGGAUAUAUGCUCAGUCACUCACAGGAGCAUGGACAGUACUACAGAGACCCCCCUCCCCCCUUCCACUCACAGCAUCACAGCAGGUAUGUGUCCGCUCAGUCCCAGGCGGCUCACAGCGGCGUCUCCGCAGCCUCAAGCAACAACUCGGCUCAGACGGACGCGUUGAUGCGGGAGAACGAGCGGCUCAGGAAGGAGCUGGAGGUCUACGCCGAGAAGGCCGCCCGGCUGCAGAAGCUGGAGCUGGAGAUUCAGAGGAUCUCUGAGGCUUAUGAGACUCUGAUGAAAGGUUCUGCCAAGCGGGAAACUCUGGAGAAAACAAUGAGGAAUAAACUAGAGGCUGAGAUCAAGAGGAUGCACGACUUCAACAGAGACCUAAGAGAACAACUCGACACGGCUAACAAACAGCGAGCGGCCAAGGAAGCUGAGUGUACAGACCAGAAGCAGCACGUCUUUGUCAAGCUGCUGGAGCAGAAUGAAGAGCAGCAACGAGAGCGCGACCGUCUGGAGAGGCAGAUUCAGCAUCUGCGCGUCUCCGGGGAGGAGUGCCAUCGGAGGCGGGAGCUGCUGGAGCAGGGCCUGGCCUCGGCCAAGGCCCGCAACCGGCAGCUGGAGGAAGAACUGCAGAGGAAGAGAGCGUACGUGGAGAAAGUGGAGCGGCUGCAGAGCGCGCUGGCUCAGCUACAGGCGGCGUGCGAGAAGAGGGAGGCGCUGGAGCUGCGGCUUCGCACGCGGCUCGAGCAGGAGCUGAAGAGCCUCAGGGCGCAACAGUCUCAGAACCAGGCAGCUGACCCCACAGCGUCUGGACUGAGCUCCUCCACGUUGCAGCUGAGGGAGAAAGAGGAGCGUAUUCUGGCUCUGGAGGCAGACAUCACCAAGUGGGAGCAAAAGUACCUGGAGGAGAGCACCAUGAGGCAGUUUGCAAUGGACGCAGCCGCCACUGCUGCAGCACAGAGAGAUACAACCAUCAUCAAUCACUCACCCCGACACUCGCCCGACAGCAGCUUCAAUGAAGACCUGCCUUUGUCGAGUCAUAGAUAUCAGGAGAUGGAGAACAGGAUCCGAGCACUUCACGCUCAGCUCCUGGAGAAGGACGCCGUGGUUAAAGUCCUCCAGCAGCGCUCCAGAUGGGAGCAGGGCAAGCUGGAGAAACAGGGGCUUCGGCUGGCAAGGUCCGCCCCCUCCAUCAACACCGUGACCAGCAGCAUGGAGAGUAAAGGAAAGAGCCUCUCAGAUGACCUGACAGGUGCCGCCGCGCUGCAGCCCCACCCCCGUGCGGUGCCCAAGGGCGCGAGCAGAGACUCGAGCACCCAAAGCGACGAGGCCCCGCAGGAGCCCGAGCUCGCCGCAGAGCCUCUCAAGCUAAAGGCCGAGCCUGAGGCAGCUUCAGCAGCUUCAGCAGCUACCACCGACACCUCGGAGGAGCCGAAGGCACCGCUCAAGACAUUCAAGAGCAUCAACAGCUCAGACGCAGAGGUGGUUGAAAUCCUCAUUUGAGCGCUGGCUGAGGCUCAAAUAACUGAGCGGUGACGGCCAACGGCGAACGGACGCUUUUGGCCAAGGUGUUAACGGCUUUCCUCCCUGUCUGACUACUAUAAAGAAAGGCAGAGUCCAGAAUGUGACACAGUUUUGAGGGCAGAGCUGAGCUUUCCCUCUCCUGCUUCUGCACAAUUCACAAACUCUGAGGUUUUGCCUCACAAGUCAGAAUCCUUCUAGGUACCUGGACAGUAUUCUGCAUUGUGAAUCGGAACUGGGCUGCUGAUUGUGCAUAUACAUGGGUUGUGCAUGUUUUGUUUUUGUUUUUUUAGUUAUGUAUUGUAUUUAUAUUUGUAAAUGCUGCUCAUAUUGUGAUAUUUGUGUUUGAGAGGUGAGAAGGACAUGGAUCACUUUUUAAUAUAUAUUCAAAUGACUCACUCUCUGGAUUACAUGCGCAGCCUGUCUACAUUUUGUUUCCAGUAGCAUGCCUAUUACCAUGGGAAUAUUUAUAAAAACGACUCAGUAUAAGCAUCUAUGUUAUCAUGCCGUGUGUGAGGAUUAUUCUGUUUAGCAGAACCACUCGAACCCCUAAAUUAACAGUCGCUCCUCUCUUUAAAAUACACUCGGGGGGCCCUGCUCAGCAGAGGCUUUGGAAACUUCCUUUGAAUGUGGAGCACGCUCAUUUCUCUCUUAAAAAAGCCUGCGAGGAUUGACAGUGUUUCACGGGCGUCUAAUUUUCCAGAUCCUGGGGUUAAUGUUUGGGGCCUCAGAUGGCGACUGCCCAACAUUUCGCUCCCCUUCGCUGACACGCCGGAGCUAAUCUUCUCACAUUCCUCGCAGAGGGAAUGCUCCCGUUAAAGAAAAAGGCUAUCUAAAGUCUGACCCCUCACCCUUGUUAAAAUGGCGUGCAUUCUCCACAUGAUUCAUUCUCUGGGGCUGGUUAUUUCUUCUGAGCCGCGGUAGCUGGUUCUACCAGAAGUGUAGAAAUGGUCAACUAUAAUUGGCCUGCAUUUGCUACUCUAUUUGUUGUCCCCAUCACUGUGUUAUAUUCAGCCGUGUUUUCUCUGUUGCUCACAUUUCUGAGUCGACUACAUCCCCGACAUGGAAUCUUCUAUUUAUUUCUCCCUGCAUAGUGUAGGAUCACUGAACACUGCUGAAUGUAGACUCCUGUUUUGUUUCUGUUCUGUAGCUAACUGGAAUGUGCCACAGUUCAGUUUUGUUCUACUCUUUCAAGGGGAAUACCGCCCAAAUUAAUCGUUUUUCGCAUUCGCAGUUUUCAAAAAUGUUAGUGCUGUUGUCAGUUGUGGGAGUCACAAACUCCAGCUCCAUCACUAACAGUGAAGAGUAUUGUUUGAGGUCUUACAAACAGCUUGUGAAAUCUCACAAUUGAGCUGGUAUUCCCCUUCAUAUUCCCUGUCACGGUGCAUUUGCUGGUCAGUGCAACAUGUCAGUUUGAGUUAAUGCCCUUCACUUUUCUUUUGAAUGUGUUUACAUGAAUGGCUAUUUUGAAGUGAGAGAAGUUAAUAUAUUUUGUAGUUGUUUGGUUUUUUUUUUCAUUUAUAUUCAUGUAUUUGUUUUGUUUCCUGGUGCCAAAGAUGUACUCUACUUUUAAGUUAUAACCGAUGACAAAUGACAGGUUCUGGUAAGGUGCCUUGCUUCAGCUGGUUGACCCAUGAUAUGAUGUUGCUGUGAACUUUUGUAAAGGAAACAUUUGUAUGUAUGCCUUAACAUUUCACAAUAAUAGAUUAAAAUUCUUAAUAUAUGU